GAGGUGAUGAAUUAUCACGAUGUAUAUUCUGGCUUCUACCUGAAUAUUUUGUAAUAAAAGAAACAAAAACUUCACCAGAAUACAGACCUGUCGGAUUUUAUGCUAUGAAAGUGAGUGAAAAUCAAGAUAAAGCACUUAGGGAAAAAAUAGAAUUGUGCACAGCAAAAGCAUCGGUUCUAGAAAGAUUUUCUUCAUUAAUAUCAGUAUAUUAUAUAAUAGUUGGUAUAAUGGCAGGAAUUUCCCGGGUUUUAGGAACAGUUUCGUGUCAGGAUUGGCCGUACAUACCAAUAUUAUUAUCAUGGACAAUUCCAGCCCUCUGUAGAAGGGCAUUUUCGGGAAACUUGGUGGUUAAAGACCCUAAGAAGAUAUUUAGAAACAGUGACAUUGAAAAUGAAAAAAAUGUAGUUAAAAUAGUUUUGGAAGCUACUGAUUCGGAAGCGGAAG